AGCCGGCAGUCGCGUCCUUGCUUUGACCUCUGGAGGCGUGAAGCUCCUCCCACGAGGACGAGUUCCUCUCAUUCUGGCUCGUGUCUGUGGCACCGCUGCUCUCUGUCAUUUGCUCUCCACGUCUGCUUCUAGUGGACAGAACCCUGAGUGGAGUCGUGCCGAUUCUACUCCACCACAAAGCGGCUGUUUGGACCUGAGCAGCGUGAGCAUGGCCCGGUUCUGCCUGGCCGUUCCCGCCCUCCUCCUCCUCCUCCUCUUCCUCCUGUCCACGGCUCCCACCACAGCAGAGGUGCUGGCGUCGCUGUCGGCCUGUGACCAGUUUCUGCUCGACAGGACUCCACCACGAAUCCCAGGGAUUCUGGAGGACGGGAAAAUCCUGGACCAGAACCGAUACAAAACCAUCUGCCAGACGUACAAGAACAAGAGGUGCUUUGUGACGCUGUACGACACCAGGAACAAGAUCCCUGUGUUUUCUGCCAACAGGUACAGAGGAGUGUGGGAGAAGAAGAGGCCUGCGAGCAAAUGGAAGGUAGAACCUCAGCUGGAGAACGUAGAGAACGGUGAGAACAUGGAGGAGGACAAAGGCAGGAACUGCUCCCACCAGGCUGGAAACGGGGACCACAGGAACAACGGGAGCUUCGACAGAGGCCACCUGUUCCCGAGCUCCUAUGGCUUCAACAGAACCGACAAGACGGCGACCUUCACCCUGACCAACAUCGACCCACAAGCAGCGUCGCUCAACAAGGGCAGCUGGAACCGCAUGGAGACGUGCGUCAGAUGCCUCAUGGACCGACACUGCGUCAACAGCAACAACCUGACUGAAGGCUUCGUGGUGACGGGCGCUCGGCCCAGCGUCGCCGCCGGCUCCGCAGCAGGGUCAACGUCCCGUCGGUUCUGUGGUCGGCGUUCUGCUGCUACAGCGCCGGCCGGAACCGGUGGCUGGCCGGCGCCCACUGGAGCAGCAACGUCCCGGAUGAGGCCCGGAACCAGCACCUAAAGACCACGACUCUGGCAGAACUGGGCCGACGCCUGGCGUUGGAGGCGUUUCCUGGGACGCGCUGUCCUCUGCACGGCAGCGUCAGCAGCUUCUACCCGGUGGAGAAGACGUGCAGCUGCCCGACGGCCACUUCACCAGCCACAGCCUCCACCCCGACGCCGAGCCCACUCAGAUCCACGUCAGGCCGUCCCCACACCACCGCCUCUCACCUGCUGAGCACCGAGGGUUCUGCAGCACCGACGGACGGGCCUCCAGCACCAACAUCUGGCCCAUCUGCUGUUCCAGUGCCACAUCAGCCUUCUACACAUCUGUCCUACUCACUUCAUACACACACAGCAACAUCUGACCCAAAAUCUGUCUCCAUCUCAAAUCCAUCCUCUGACGUAAAAACUCAAACUGUCCAUUAGAUCCUUUGGCUGAAGAAGUGACAACGUAGAUGAACAGUGGUUACUUAAGUAUAAACGUCAGAGUAUUUGUGUUCUGUUGUUUUCAUCCUGCGUCAAACAGCUGCUGUAACUCAGAGCAACCACAGCAGUCGGUCACCAGUUAACGUGGUCACUCGUUAACACGCGACACCGGCGUCGGCCUCCUCCCUGUCUGAUCCCUCAAAUCUGUGUUUUUAUUUAAAUAUUAAUAAACUUUCAUUAAUAAAUUUAUUGUCCUGUCCUCCUCUGCAUCUGACCCUGGGAGCAGUAAUAAUCUUUCCUUGACAUUAAAAAUGCGUAAUGAUCAGGCGUUCUCUGUGGCUGUUCUCUGGUUCCUGUGCAGUUGAUGCAUUUUAUAGAAUAAAUGACAACUACACUGGCUUCAACCACCAAACCAAGGACCUGCACCUUGUUCAUACAGAAUGUUUGUCACCACAACCAGACAUCUACACGUCUCCCACGCUCUCAGCUCAUUUCUGUGUCUUUCACACGUUCCCAUUGAACCUCUGGCCACAUAAUUUAUUUAAAAACACAUGAAUAGGAUGAAUUAUAUGUAUUAAAUAUAUUUUUGAAUUGUUUGUAUUGUGUCCAACAAUGUCUAAGUAUCAGUAGUGUAAGAAAAGUUUAAAUUGUGAAGAAUAUUAGACAUCAGACUUCUGCAAAAGGACAUUAAAAUAAUUUCAAAUCUCAGUUAAAACCUUUCUGAAGGUUGUUAAAGAUCAUAAUUCAAUAAAUCUUUAUUGCUGAGCAGCAG